GAAUGAGAGAUUUACCGAAUGUGAGAUAAGGAAAAGGAACUACAAAAAUGUAAACAAUGGCCCAACAAUUUACUAGUCGAAUGUCCCAUGGCCUUUUUUAUUCUGACAUUGUAUUAUCCCUAAAAACAAAAGACUCUGCUUUUCCCGAUUACUUUCGUUUAACCCCUCCCUCCCUUUAUUCUCUAUCUCUUCUCCCUCGAUCGGCUCCUUUCAGGUUGUAGUUUGAAUCUGCUCUAAAUAGGAGAUUUUGAUUACUACUGCUGCUGCUUCAGUCACCACAAGGUUUUGCUAGUUCGUGUCUAAAGCUUUUGAAGAGAUGGCCAUGAAAAUAAUACAAGAAUGUCCGAACUCGGUGGUGGUAAGAGAAAUCCCGACCGAUCUCCUAAUGGACAUCUUUUCUAGAGUUCCUGCAAAGUCUGUAGCUAGGUUUUGUUGCGUAUCGAAACUAUGGGAAUCCAUAAUUUGCCAUCCUGAUUUCGCCGAGUUUUACUUUACUAUGUCUUCUUGUACUACUACUCCUCCUCGUCGUCCACCUCUGCUCUUUUUCACCUUGGAAGAUGAUGGCAAGUUAUUCUUCUUCUCUUCACCUCACACUCCCACUCAAAAGGAUCCACAUCAUGAGAACAAGGCCUCUCUUGUAUCCACCCGUUACCAUGUUCACCGUAAGAAUACUCCCACUAAUUAUGCAUCUGACGUGGGUUCUCCUCUUUGUGGAUUCAUUUGUCAUCGAGACAGGGGAAGUCCAGAUACAAUCGUUAUUUGUAACCCAGCCACGGGACAGUCUGUAACCUUACCCAAAGUGAAACUGAAGGGUAUCAAUACUGAUACGAGACCUUUUUUAGGGUAUGAUCCGAUCGGCAAACAGUUAAAAGUGUUGUGCAUCAAGUUCGAUAUGAUCCCGAAUCCGUGUUAUGAGCAUCAAGUUUUGACAUUGGAGGAUAAUGGAAAACGUUUGUGGAGAACAGUCCAAUGCAAACCCCAUUAUCCUAAAUCUGAUGGAAUAUGUAUAGAUGGUACUUUGUAUUAUACAGCUGGGUUCAGUCCGGGGACAAGGGUUUCCAUAAUAGUGUGCUUUGAUGUUAGGUCCGAGAAGUUUAGCUCGAUCAACAUAGAUGAAUGCAUGUUGAUGACUUAUUGUACUUUGAUCAACUACAAUGGUAAAUUAGGUGCACUUCAGUUUACUUCUUUCUUACGAGAACGGCUUGGGUUUUGGGUUCUACAAGAUGCUGAAAAACAUAUAUGGUCCAGAGAUUUCUACAUGUUGCCUCCUUUGCCGAAAAACAAAUUUGAGAGAACCGAGUUAGCCAUUGUUGGAAUGACUGUUGGAGGUGAAGUUGUGUUGGCACCGUACUGUCUCGUAGAUGAAUUUUACCUUUAUUACUUCAAUCUUGAGUGCAAGAGUCUCAAACAAGUUCAUAUACAAGGUUUUGAGAUGUUUAAGAAUAUGAGAGUUUACACCUCUCUAGAAUAUGCUGAGAAUUUGAAACUUAUGACUGAGUAUGAUACAGGAGUCGACACAUUUACUCCGGAAAGGAGGCUGUUUCAAGUCAAGUCUGCCACUAAAGCUAGCAAGUUAUCGGAGCCUAACUUGUCAAACAAAGAGAAAGCUUUUCAUGGGAGGUUAUUUCACAACAGAAACCGUGAACGAAUUCAUCUGUUGACUGAUGAUGGGACAGCGACAAACAAUACCUUCUCCAGUAAGAUCUUCGAUAGGAUUUGCCUCCACUCUGAUAAUAUACCUAGGCAAAGCCAAGGAUUGUUAUUGGAAAUCUCAUCAUUUUCUAAAUAACAUUUAGCUACAAUAAAUUGAAAUUUAAUUUGUCGCAAACAAUAAACUGUUCUUGUUACAAAAGUAAUGUAUGAAUCUAUUCAUAUGAACAUGAUGUUGCUUCUUCCUUUUA